CAACUGCAUAUCAAGUUCAAUACAUCACCACCUGAGAAACCAACAACCAACAACGCGCGCAGUAUGGGUGUGAUGAUUUCGAUUUUGAUAGGCACAUUUGAGCCUCGUAUGAUGCUCCAUGCAUCAGGCUUGCAGCGCCUCAUUACUAUAUGUAAAUCCUACCGCAAGAGGGUCAUCUGCUUGGGCCGCAUCUACAUCUUUAUAUCCCGACCUGUUCCACUCAGUUGAUUUCGUCCAUGAUAGCUGCCGUCCAUGGCGCAGGCAUCGAAACGAAAGCGGCCGCGAGCAGAUGAACCCCUGCCAGACCAUAUUUCCAAGAGCUCAAAGUCUAGCGGCGCGGUUCAUAGGCCAUCGAAUUUCCCUCCCGAAUUUUAUGACAGCUUAUCAAAGAUCUGGCUUACAGCUCGCGCACUGCGAGAGCUCGACCGGCGGAACGAGAAUCUCCCCCAACCCAAGACCAAGCCUGCGGCAGGGUUUGUAAAACCUCGCGCCGCAAAGCUUGCUGCGCUUGCGAAACUUGGUACCAAGGAGCUUGCCCAGUUUGCGACAGCUGGGGGUCCAGAUCUCAGCGAUCUCAAAGGGUAUCCAGAGCCAACGAACAUUACUCACUCGAUGGCGUCGCCACUGCUUUCAUUGAAUCAUGAUCAAGCAUCUCUCGUUUCCUCGAGCACCCGGCAAACACGGCUAACUAAAAAAGAGAAACAAAAGUCUGCCGCAUCUAAAAGCAGACGAACAUCAGCAUACGAUGGCAAUUUUACGCAGUAUUGUAUUCAAAACUACAUCUAUCCUCCUGAUUAUGAGUUUCCUAAUGGCGCCCUCUCACCAAAACCGAAUAACUUUGAAGAGAUUCGCAAAAUUCUGAAAAUACGGAGGCGUUCUCUUUCUCCUUCUGUUGUCCCUGAGACAGCUCACGACGACUUUCGAAGGAAUAUCACAAAUUCGACUGAAAGUGAUCUGAUGUCUGAUGUAAUUCCGCUUAUUGCUGGUGACACAAGAAUCCGGAAGACUCAGAAUCUUGCAUUUACCAAUUUAACCUCAAUUACUAGGAACACUACGGCUAUACCAAAACCCGAUUUCUUCGACGGGGCUCAUCCUGAAACUGUGAAUAGGAAAGUAAGAAAAGACCUGGAUGAUAUCAUAAUACCGUCCAAAAGAGCGGGGUUCCCAAUAGCACCCAAUUUCUUUCUAGAAGUCAAAAGUGAUGAAGGAAAAUUGAAGGUAGCGCAGGACCAAUCAAUCGUGAACGGGGCUUACGGAGCGCGUGCAAUGCAUGCCUUGAAAAACUAUCUCGUGGACGGGGAACCUGAAUACGAUGGUAACGCCUAUGCAUAUACGGCGAUUUUAGCUCGUGCAUUACUUGAGCUAUACGCACACCAUCUGACUGCCCCUACCAAACCCGGAGGGCAACCUGGUUGCCAUGCCACUCUGCUUGGAAGUUAUGGGCUACGAGAUGAAGAUAAUUAUUCGACAGGCCGGGGAGCGUUCAGGAAUCUGAGGAUGAGGGCUAAAGAAGACCGCGAACGCUUCAUUGAGACUGCCAAUGCGAGAGCUCGGCGUCGACGUAGAGUGGACGAAGACACGGAAGAUGAAAGCACGGAAGACGGAAGCACGGAAAAGGGUGACAAUUUCAGCAUGGUCGAAGAAGAGCAGCAAGAUGAUGGCUCGAGCCCUCUCAACUUCUACGACGCCCACGCGUUUGUCGAACCGGGUGAGAACACCCAAGGCGCUACCCAGGAUACCACCCAGCAGGAAACCCAAGAAACCCAAUUGACAAAUGCUGAGUUAACCCUUGAUUAUGAUACGGAGAAUACCGAGGUCGGUGUUGAGGCGAGCCUUGCGUCUAGUUUCACGUCGGCCAGUCGCGAAGAUUACCGGCGAUCUCGGCGGCUGCUUAAAAGGAAGCGCAGCCCUACAGUAUCUUCUUCUACUGGCCAAAAACCACGCAAUCCUCCACCCUCUUCUACCAGCCAAAAUCAACACGGUUCUCCACCCUCAUCUAAUACUCGAAAAAGGACACGCAGUUCUCCACGCCCUUCUUUAACUCGCCAACAUAAGAGACGAGCUGGGCCAGCUGGAUGAGCUACGUUUAGAUACUUCACAAGAAUAUAUUCUGAACCGUCACAAAUAUCUCAACAUUGGUUUUUAAUUACCAGGGAUAGCCUCUAAGUAUUAUAGUGUUCCAUUGGUAAUAGUAGGCCUUGCUUGAUGGCCCUGAAAUUAAGUUCAAGUUGUUGUGGCUGUCCUUGAAGUAAAGGGUAGAGAGAGUAGAGAUACACUAGCGUAGCAUGACCUCUUUCUCAUAAAGUGCUAAAG